GCACCAUUUAUGUCGUUGCGUUAUUAUUCAGUGACGUGCACGGACAAACAAAUCGUCUGUAUUGUACAAUACAUGAUUCAAUGCUUUUUUUUUAACGAUUGCUGUAUUCCUGGCUUAUUAUGAUCGUUAACAGUUUAGAGAGUGGUUAAAAAUGUGUCGAGGAAGAUUUUUCACAAUAUUAUUGUCACUAUCGGCCACUGUGUGGCCACUAUUUUUCCAGAUGGUAGUGACAGCUAUUGACGUCAAAAAAACAUGCGAGGUUAGGGUGGAACUAAAAGAUAGGAUGAUCAAUGUGAUAAACAAAGAUGAACUAUGCUCCUGUCUUAUGUACGAAAAAAGUGCGUCAAUAAUACAUAAGACACCGGAACCUUGUGAAUUAAAAAUUGACAAUUCUGGAGAAAAGUUAGCAAUCAGCGCCGACAAUAUAUGUGAAUGUGCCGGGUAUCGUAUGAGUGACAAGGGAAAAGAAAAUACAACUACGUCAGAAACUCAUUUAAAUGCUACUACAGCUUUUGCUGUUGCUGAUUUUGAGUCAACUAAGCACAAAAUAGCUACUACAACUGAUAUACCUAUUGUAAAGUUGAAAGAAACUGAUGUUACACAUUUAGCGGAAUCUACUGUAUCGAAGAGUGAAAUAACCGAAACCAAGUCUUCAGAUGCUUCGACAGUAAUUAUUGUUAAAAGCACUGUCACAUCAACUGAUGGGGGUACCCGUAAGAUAUCCACCAUAUCUAGUGGUCUUGGUACUACGGAAAAAAUCGAAGUUUUCGAAACUACAAAUACUCCAAAGGAUCUAGAUUUAAUUAAAAUCGAUAAGUUGAAACGUCACAUUACGGAAACUUCUAUGAUUGUUACUCCCAGUACUACCAAAAACUUAGAUGAAUUGAAUACAACUUUCAGGACAAUAACAGAUAUAAUCCCUCUUUUUGUUGAAAGUAAGUCUUCAACAAUCCUAACUGAUUCUACGAAAAGUAUUGACAAAACAACGACAGCUGAAACUGUGGUAACUAAUAUGACGGAUAUAACGAAUUCAACAAUAAUUAAAUCUCGCCCAACAAGAACCACAACAAUAUUUUUUCCAAAAGAAGCCAUAACUAAUUUAAAAGUAAGCAGAAAAACGAAUACAGUAGAGUUUUCCACUACAACAAGUACUUCAGAUUCUGUAAGAACUAAACACUCGUACGAUUUUAGCAAUAAGACAAGUACUGCAAAAUUGGAUGGAAAAGAAUCAACUAGUGCUACGAAUGUGGAUUACACCAGCAAAUUACCAAUACCCAAGACAACAUCAAUUUACUUUUUUACUACAGAAUUAGAAAUAAAGAAUAUUACUGAUAGGAAUUUCUCUCUAAGUGAUGAUUAUAAAACACGUAAAGAGCACAAAGAAGAUUAUCCCACUAAGAAGGAUUCUAGUCAUACAAGAAGCACCGUCGAUAUUACCACCUCGGUCGUAAAUACUACUCAGACGUUUAUUAUUAACUCCAAUGACGCAGAAAGAAUCAAAGAAGACCACAGUAUAAUCAAUAUAGUUCUCAUUGUAGUUAUUUUAUGCCUUUUUGUAGUUUUAUUAUUAGUAUGUUUAAAAGUGUUCUUCAAGUACUUCCGAAGUGGCUCUUAUGUGCUACCUCGCUCUGCAGACAGGAACAUUGAAAUGGAAUGUAAAGGAUGAAGGAUGACCUCUAAGUAUUUAAUUCAAUAACUUAAUUGUAUUAGCCAAACAAAGAAUGAGGCAUAAAAAUUAUCAUAAUCAUAGGUAAAAAACAAAGAAAAAGGUUUUAAUAUAGUUUACCAAGACUGUAAGAAUCAAACGCAAUUGAACUUAUAAACUUUAGCAGUUGGGGAAAAUUCGUAGUAUUAUUAUAGUUGUUAAAUAAUACUUAGGUAUUAUUAUUAGUAAUUAUAUAAGUAUGUGAACGAAAAAUUUCAAUAAAAACCAACAAAGAGCCUACGCCUUUUAUUAAAGAAAAUUACAAUAGAAAGUAUAAUUAUUGUCUCCGUUAAAUAAAAAAAAACAGUAUGCUGUACGUUGUUACAAACUCAACCUCAUUUAUUCAGUCUAGGCUGUGACAAGCUCUUGUGAAAGUCAAACGCUACGCCAUCGGUUCGUAAAUCUACGGCGGGAGACAUUGUACCGAGAAGAACCGGCACGAAACUCAGCAAGGGCU